CGAAUCCGCCAAUGUGCGCAGAGAUGGGCGGAUGCGCUUUUACGCAGCCUCUCAAGUGUCACAACUUAAAAACUCCUGCGCGCUGUUCUCCCCGAGCGUGUCGAGGGUGUGGACGGACGCGUGCAGGCAUCCAUCCAUCCCGCUCCCAACACAGCCACUAUUUUGUACCUUUUUCGGGUAAAACAACACCGGUUUUCCUACACCCCCUCGGCGGAGUGACUGCUUUUCGGAUGCUUUGAAUCCGACUCGGUUUGCCAAAGAUGCUGUGCUCCAGGCUCCUCCUGUGUCUGUCGCUGGCAGGUGCGGUGUCCGCGCAGCCGGACAGCUCUGGGCUAUUUUACGCGCUGCGAUCCGAGCUGUCCGAGGACGCGAUCUUGGUCGCCAACAACGCCAUACGCGUGCCAUUCGGGAGAGCGGUGUCCGUCGACCCCGUCAACGACCUGGUCGUUCAGACUCAGCCGGGGGACCGGUGCAGCAUCACCGUGCUGGAUAACGACCCGCUCGCGCAGAGACCGGGGCACCUCUCCCCCAAAAAGUUCCUGUGUGAUUUCGGUCCCAACGACGUGACGUACUCCCACUACGGCUCGCGGAGUCCGGCGAAGGACCGGGUGAGGCUGCAGCUCAGGUACGACGCGCCGACUGAAACCGUGAUCAUCCCGUUCAUGAUGGAGGUUGAAGUGGUCUUUACGCAGCUGGAGCUCCUCACCAAAAACAUGCCGCUGGCCGUGGACAACCUGCGGGGCGUCAGCAAUCCCAUUGAUAAGAAGACUCUGGAGUUCACCUACGACAGAGACUCUCAUAAGUGCGAGGUGGCGUCCCUGUCCGGCGGCAGCGCUCUGCCCAGGUACGGGAGACUCCUCGACGGCGGGAAACUGUCCAAAAUGAUGGACUGUGACGAGUUCACCCGCGCCGACAUCCGCUACGAGCACACGUUUGACCGCGCGUCGCCCAACAGGGAUUACGUCCCCAUGGUUGUGGAGCUGCGCGACAAGGAGGGCAACUUGGAGAGGCAGGAGUAUUUCCAUCUCAUGAUACGCAUCAGAGAGGGGGAAGAGAACACUCCCCCCAAACCCAGCGUUGUGUCCAUGAUGAUGAUGGAGGUCAGCCAGUUUGUCAUGACUGCCCUCACCCCCGACAUGCUCGCCGCCGAAGAUGCAGAGUCGGACCCGGACGAGCUCAUUUUCAACAUCACCUCUCCCUUAUCUUACGAGGAGGGCUACAUAGUCAGCACCGAUGACAGAAAUCUGCCCAUCACGUCCUUCUACCAGAGAGACCUGCGUGACCUGAAAAUAGCCUACAAGCCCCCCUCCCUGGACUCGGACACCGAGAGGAUUUUCCAGCUCGAGUUUGAGGUGGUGGACACAGACGGGUCCGUCUCGGACCCCUUCGCCUUCAUGAUCGUCGUGAAGAUGAUGAAUUCUUUGGCCCCCGUUGUGACGCGUAACACGGGUCAGCUGCUGUACGAGGGCCAGUCUCGGCCUCUCUUCAGCACGCACAACUUGGAGAUCAGCGAUGAGGACGACCUCGACGCGGUCUCCAUCACCGUGGUGGAUGGCCUGCGUCACGGAGACCUCACGGUGCUCGGCGCCCACAGGAAAUUCUUCACACCUGCUGAUCUCACAACAGGGGUUGUCGUGUACCAGCACGACGGGAGUGACACAUACAGCGACAACAUUGUCUUCAAGAUGACGGACGGGAAAAACGAAGUGGAAUUCCUUUUCCCCAUUACAAUCGUUCCCACUGACGACGAGCCACCGAUUAUAAACGCCAACACCGGCCUGGUGCUAUUCAAAAACCAGAUGAUGCCUGUAUCUCCCCUCAUGCUCAGUGCCGCCGAUAUCGACUCUGAGGACUCGACUAUUAAAUUCACUAUUGUCCCCCCCUUUUCCACAAUAGGCACAGUGCUCCUAAGACAGUCCGAUGCGCCUGAAGACCCCUCCUCUUGGAAGUUCAAUGCCGAAGAUGAAGUCUACGAGAAGGAGGUGACAGAGUGGCUUCAGAAAGAUAUCACCGAUGGGAAGUUGUUUUACAAGCACACAGGCCCCCACAACACAGAUACCAUCAUGGAUCAGUUUGCGUUCACAGUUCAGGACGACAAUGACCCCCCUAAUGAGUCGGGAGAGAGUGUAUUUAUAAUCCGCGUUUUGCCAAUCGAUGACGUUCCUCCAGUGCUGUUCCCCGGCACCACCCUGCAGAUGACCGUUCAGGAGUACAGGCUCACGCACUUUAGCAAAGAGGUUUUGCGCUACACUGAUCUAGACUCUGAGGACCGUGACCUCAAAUACACAGUUAUCCAGCCCCCGACAGAUACGGAUGAAAAUAACCCGGUUGCGUUUGGCUCUUUGGUUCUGACGGACAGCACAGACACUGAAGUCACAGAGUUCACACAAGCUCAAAUUAACCAUCAUAAGAUAUCCUACGGCCCCCCGGAUGUUGAGCUUGGAAUCACAGCCCACGUUGUGCAGUUUCGUUACACAGUUGAAGACACAGCGGGGAACAGUGUAGAAGGGGCUUUCACCAUCUACCUGCAGCCUGUCAACAAUAAACCCCCUCAGAUUACAAACACCGGCUUUACUGUCUUCGAACGUGGCAUGCACAUCAUCACCGUCGCUGAGCUAGAUGCCACAGACCUCGACACUGAGAGUAAACGGAUCACCUUUACCCUAAGCCGGCCGCCUAAACAUGGCCAGGUCCAGGUUGCAUUCACUGACCUAGAGAAAAAAGGGGUUUUCCUUCUUGAGCAAAUUUCAGACGGGAAGAUAUCAUAUAUGCACGGUGGGGAGGAGACUGUGAGCGAUGAAUUUCAGCUGGACGUGAGUGAUGGGUUCCAUGUUGUAACCGUGACGGUCAAAGUUAAUGUGAAGCCGGUAGAUGAUGAAACUCCAACCAUCAGCCUGCCCGCAGGAACCAUCGGGUCUCACAUGGACGUGCUGGAAAACGGAGCCACGGAAAUCACGACGAACGUCAUUCAAGGCCACGAUGAUGACACAGAUGACCUCGAGCUGACGUUUAUCGUGGAGGAUCCUCCAGUUAUGGGUGAAAUAUUGGUUAAAGGAGUGCCUGCUACGAGGUUUACGCAGGCGGAUAUUAUUAACGGUGUGGUUGUGUACGCACACACCAGUGGCGAGGUAGGUCUCACCUCUCAGCAGGACGGCUUCAAUUUGACUCUGACAGACAUGUCCGACGAUUGGACAGUCGGCGGCAAUAAGGUCAACGGGGUUCACGUUCGAGUCACCGUCCUUCCAGUGGAUAGCCAGGCCCCUGAGGUCGGAGUUGGGAUCCAAUUCAGUGUCAUCGAAGGGGAGAAAUACGCCAUCGGCCCUCAGCACUUGGAUGCUGAUGAUAAUGACACUCCGACGGAUGACAUCCUUUGCACCAUCAUCGUCCAGCCUACCGCUGGCUAUGUGGAAAAUAUAUCACCAGCCCCGGGCUCAGAAAAGUCCAGAUCAGGAACAGCUAUCAGUGCUUUUACUAUCAGAGAGAUCAGGGAGGGGAAUAUCCACUAUGUGCAGAGUAUUCACAAAGGGGUAGAGCCAGUGGAGGAUAGGUUCACAUUUAGAUGCUCUGAUGGCAUCAACUUCUCAGAGAACAAUUUCUUCCCAAUAGUUAUCAUCCCUGCAAAUGAUGAAAAGCCCGAGAUUUAUUUGAGGGAAAUAGUCGUGAUGGAGGGGAUGAACAUCGUCAUUGACACUCCAAUUCUGAAUGGGGCUGAUGCCGAUAUUCCCCCCGAGGAGCUGAUGUUCAUCAUCUCCAAGCCUCCCAAACACGGUGCCAUCUUAAACCAGCUCUCCACAGGCUCAGUUCUGGUGACAAAUUUCACUUUAGAGCAGAUCCGGGAGGCAUCAAGCAUUAUUUAUGAGCACGAUGACUCAGAGACAACAGAGGACAGCUUUGAUGUGAUUCUGACGGACGGCAAGUACUCUGUGCAGAAAACAGCCCUGGUUAUGAUUGUUGCCGUCGAUGACGAGACACCCAGAAUGCUCACCAACGACGGUCUGGAGGUGGAAAUUGGAGAGAGCAAAGAGAUCAGCAACAAAGUGCUCAAAGCGACAGAUUUAGACUCAGAUGACAGCGCACUCACCUACAUCAUCCGGUUCGGGCCUGGUCAGGGUCUCCUGCAGAGGAAAACUCCGUCUGGGCCUCUGGAGAACAUCACACUCGGCAUGAAUUUUACGCAAGCCGAUCUCGAUGCUGGGCUCAUAGUCUACACACACAACGGACAGGAGGGCAUCCGAGACCUGGUCAAGUUUGACGUCACGGAUGGCAUGAACCCGCUAAUUGAUCGCUACUUCUACAUCACUGUGGGCAGCAUCGACAUGGUCUUCCCUGAUGUCGUCAGUAAAGGCGUGUCGCUGAGAGAAGGUGGCCGGGUCACUCUGACCACAGAUCUUCUCAGCACCACCGACCUCAACAGCCCCGAUGAGAACUUGGUCUUUACUGUCACGAGGGCUCCUGUCAGGGGCCACUUGGAGUGCACAGACACUCCCGGGAUGCCCAUUGUGUCUUUUACUCAGCUGCAACUGGCCGGCAGUAAGAUUUACUACAUCCACACCUCGGACGAUGAGCUGAAAAUGGACAGCUUUGAGUUUGAGGUCACCGACGGCUACAAUCCCAUUUUCAGAACAUUCCGAAUCUCCAUUAUGGAUGUUGACAACAAGAAACCUGUCGUGACCGUAAAUAGUAUUGUUGUCACAGAAGGGCAGAUGAAGCUGAUCACACCGUUUGAGCUCACAGCCGAGGACCAGGACACAGCUGAGAAGCUGCUGAAAUUCACCGUCACCCAGCUGCCUGUUCACGGCAAACUCCUCUACAACCAAUCCACGCCUGUCACCAGCUUCACAAAACAAGACCUCAAUGAAAACCUCAUCAGCUACAAACACGACGGCACCGAAUCGCCGGGGGACUCCUUCUCCUUUACAGUCACCGAUGGCACGCACACUGACUUUUAUGUUUUCCCCGACACCGUUUUCGAGACUCGCCGCCCCCAAACCAUGAAGAUCGCUGUCGUGGCAAUAGACAACGGCAUCCCCCAGAUGGUGGUGAAUAAAGGUGCCCCCACUUUGAAGAUCUUGGCCACGGGUCACCUGGGCUUCCCCAUCAGCUCCAAAGUGCUGCGGGCAGAGGACAGAGACAGCAGCCCGGCCUCCCUGCUCUUCCACAUCACCACGCAGCCCAAACACGGCUACGUCAUUAACCUGGGACACGGAAACAACUCCAUCAGCACGUUUAGUCAAGCCGAUGUCGACGACCUGAACAUCUGCUAUGUGUUGCGGAGUGAGGAGAAUGCCACGUCGGAUCUCUUCCUCUUCUCCGUCGAAGAUAACGGUGGUAACAAGCUAAAGGGGCAGCAGUUCCGACUGGACUGGGCCUGGAUCUCUCUGGAGAAGGAGUACUUCGUGGUGGACGAGGAGGACAAGUUCCUGGAGGUGGUGCUCAGACGGAGAGGCUACCUCGGAGAGACGUCUUUCGUCGGUAUCGGCACCCAGGACGGCAGCGCCACGCGGGAAGAGGACUUCAGGGGCAAGUCCCAGAGGCAGGUGCAGUUCAACCCGGGGCAGGCCGGAGCCACGUGGCGGGUCCGCAUCCUGAGCGAUGGCAAGUACGAGCAGGCGGAGACCUUCCAGAUCCUGCUGUCGGAGCCCGUGAUGGCGGUGAUGGAGUUCCCCGCCGCGGCGACGGUCGAGAUCCUGGACCCCAGCGACGAGUCGACUGUGUUCUUCCCCGAGCAGAUCCACUCGGCGCAGGAAGACGUCGGGGAGCUUCUCAUCCCGGUGCACCGCAGCGGAGACAUCAGCCAGGAGCUCAUGGUGGUCUGCUACACGCAGCAGGGCUCGGCCUCGGGAACGCUUCCCACCACCGUGCUGUCCUACUCGGACUUCAUCUCCCGCCCGGAGGGGUACGGCAGCGUCCUCCGCUUCGACAAGGGCGAGAGGGAGAAGCGGUGCCGCGUGGUCAUCAUCGACGACUCCCUGUACGAGGCGGAGGAGAGCUUCAACGUCACCCUGGCGCUGCCCGUCGGCGGGCGCCUGGGCAAGCACUACCCCACCGCCAGGGUGGACAUCUUGGAGGAUGCGGGUGACGCUCCGGUGUUUUACUUUGGAGAGUCGGAGUACCGCGUGGACGAGAGUGAUGGAUACGUGGAGGUCAAAGUGUGGAGGACAGGCACCGAUCUGUCCAAGACUGGCACGGUCACCGUGCGCUCCCGCAAGGCUGAGCCCGUCUCUGCCGAGGCCGGCGUUGACUACGUGGGCAUCAGUCGCAACCUGGACUUUGCCCCGGGGGUCGGCAUGCAGACGUUCAGGGUCGCCGUUCUGGAUGACCUGGGACAGCCAGAGCUGGAGGGCACCGAGAGCUUCGAGCUGGUCUUGCGGAUGCCGGUGCACGGCAUUCUGGGAGAGCCUGGGAAGGCUACCGUCCUCAUCAACGACUCCGUGUCUGACUUGCCGAAGGUCCAGUUCCGCGAGCCGCUCUACACCGGAGAGGAGAGCGACGGUCGGAUCGCGGCGACGGUGUUCCGCAGUGGCGACGUCAGACACGAAUCCACUGCCCGCUGUUACACCCGUCAGGGCUCGGCGCAGGUCGCCUCUGACUUUGAUGAACGGCCCAACACAGACGCAUCCAUCAUCACAUUCUUACCAGGCGAGGUGGAGAAGCUGUGUGUUCUGUCGCUGGUGGAUGACACGCUGUAUGAGGACGGGGAAGAGCUGCGGUUGGUCUUAGGAAGCCCCAAGAGCAACUCGCAGUUUGGCGCGUCAGUGGGAGUCCUGCAUGAGGCCCUGGUGAAAAUCAAGGACACCGCCGACAAGCCGGUCAUCCGUUUUUCGGAAACCAAGUUCAGUGUCAGUGAACCGAAGGAAGCCGGCGCCGUGGCAACCGCGAGGAUCCCUGUGGUCCGAGUGGGCGACGCGUCGAAGGUGUCAGUGGUCCGCGUUCACACCAAAGACGGGUCGGCUGUCUCGGGAGAGGACUACCAUCCCGUGUCUCAAGACAUUGAGUUCAAACAGGGGGAUAAAGAACAUGUGGUGGAGGUGGAGGUGCUGUUCGACGGUGUCAGAGAGAUGAGGGAAGCCUUCACUCUCCACCUGAAGCCUGAUGAAAACAUGGUGGCUGAAACUCAGGUGACUAAAGUGAUAGUCUACAUCGAGGAGACCAACAGCAUGGCCGAUGUCACCUUCCCCUCCUUGCCUCAGGUGGUGUCUCUCCUCCAUUACGACAACGUCGCCAGGACACCAGACAACCUCCGCCCACCGGCCGGCUACCCUGUCAUCUGUGUGACAGCUUGCGACACAAAGUACGCCGACUACGACAAGACGGGCUCUAUCUGUGUCAGCGAGCACAUCAACAACACCCUGAGCCGCUACCGCUGGCUCGUCAGCGCUCCGGCUGGCCCGGAUGGCGUCACCAGUCCCAUGAGGGAGGUGGACUUUGACACCUUCUUCACCUCCUCCAAGAUGAUCACACUGGACUCGGUCUACUUCCAGGCAGGCUCCAGGGUCCAGUGUGCUGCGAGGGCUGUGAACUCCAACCGGGACGAAGGUUUAGAGCUCAGCAGCCCCAUUGUCACCAUCAGCCAGCAGGAAGGCAUGUGUCAACCGCGUAAGAUGGGGACCGUCGGCGCCGAGCCCUUCUCCGCCAAGCUGCGCUACACCGGCACCGGCGACCCGAGCCGCCCCAACCUCAUCAAAGUGACUGUAACCAUGCCUCACAUCGACGGCAUGCUUCCGGUAAUCUCCACCCGCCCUCUCAUGAACUUUGACCUGACCCUCAGCCCCGACGGCACCCGGGUGGGGAACCACCGCUGCUCCAACUUGCUCGACUUCGGCGAGGCGACCACCGGCCACAGCUUCAUCACCGCCCAGACGCGCAGCCCCGAGAGCACGGGGGACGCGGCGCCCUAUCAGUUCAGCGGCUCCCUGCGGGGCAGCGGCACGCUGCGCUUCUACAGAAACCUCAACCUGGAGGCCUGUCUCUGGGAGUUCACCAGCUACUACCACAUGUCCGAGCUGCUCACCGACUGCGGAGGCACGAUAGGGACUGACGGACAGGUGCUGAACCUGGUGCAGUCCUACGUCACCCUGCGCGUCCCUCUCUACGUGUCGUACGUGUUCCACUCGCCCGUGGGAACCGGCGGCUGGCAGCACUUUGACCUGCAGUCCGAGCUGCGUCUCACCUUUGUGUACGACACGGCCAUCCUCUGGAAGGACGGCAUCGGCAGCCCGCCGCAGGCCGAGCUGCAGGGGGCGCUGUAUCCGACCAGCAUGCGCAUCAACGAGCAGGGACGUCUGGUGGUCAACUUCCGCACCAAGGCUCGUUUCAGGGGCCUGUUCGUGGAGUCUCAUUCUGGAGGCGGCGUAAAAAGAGCUGGAUCCUCCAUGUCAUCCAUGGUGAUGAGUGUGGACCACCCCGGGCUGACCUUUAACCUCACGCUGGUGAGGAGCGAGCCCACCUACAACCAGCCGGUCCAGCAGUGGGCGUUCACCUCCGACUUUGCUGUGAGAGACUACUCUGGGACCUACACGGUGAAGCUGAUCCCCUGUGCAACCGCCCAGAGCAUGGAGUACGCUGUUCCACCCGUUUGCAGUCCCAGAGAACCUGUCACCUUCGACCUGGACAUCAGAUUCCAGCAAGUGAGCGACCCGGUUGCAGUAGAGUUCAGUUUGAACACUCAGAUGUUCCUGCUGUCCAAGAGGAGCCUGUGGCUCUCCGACGGCUCCAUGGGUUUCGGUCAGGAGAGUGACGUAGCCUUUUCUGAGGGCGACACGAUCUACGGCCGCGUGAUGGUGGACCCUGUGCAGAACCUGGGAGACUCUUUCUUCUGCAGCAUAGAGAAGGUGUUCCUCUGCACCGGCGCCGACGGAUACGUGCCGAAGUACAAUCCGACCAAGUUCGAAUUCGGCUGCCUGGCCGACUCUCCGUCACUGCUUUAUAGAUUCAAGGUUCUUGACAAGGCUCAGCCAGAGACUCAGGCGCGUGUGUUUGGUGAUGUCGGUUUUAACGCUGUGCUGGCAGUGGACGAUCCAUCAGCUCUGUCCCUCGUCAGACAGCCUGGGUCUGACGGCUUUAGGCUGGACUCUACGGCCAUGUUUCAGGUGGCUGCAGGCCGUGAGUGGUACAUUCACACUAUUUACACAGUCCGCUCCAAAGAGAGUGCGAACAGGGGCAUUGGAAAGCGCAGCCUAGAGUACCACUCCUUGGUUUCCUCCAGCGGCGGUCUCACCCCGAGCGUCGGCGGCCAUCGCUCCAGGAGGUCCGCUGGCGACCAAGCCCCGGAGAUCGCGGAGGACAUCGGAGCCGACAACAACCGCGGCACCAACAUCAUGCACCUGGCUCUGGACCGCGCCAAGAGGCGGGCAGGGGGGUCGAAUGAGGUGUUUGCCAAUGGGCUGGAGCCUAGCGAGCUGAACGCUGGGGAGGAAGAGGAGGGUCUGGUGACUGUGGUGGGGGCGCUGGUGGGGCUGCUGCUGACCGUCCUCGUCGUGGUCACCAUCGCGCUCGUGCUGAGAUCCAGACAGAAGGAUGUGAAGGAGGGAUGGAGGGAGGGCGUGCAGGAGGUGGUCAAAGCGUCCGUCAGUACGGAGCCCAUGUUGGUGGUGAGGAUGCAAGACUGCCACAACAGCUCCGAGGUCUGAGCGACGGAUGUGGGGACAGAUGGACAAAGGGAUGAGGGAGCUUUUAUAAAAGUUUAGAUUUUUUUUUCUUCUUCAAUUUUUAACUGAUAUCAAAUUACUUUAACGACACCAAAAAUCUGAGACUGGUCAUACACGUUAUUGGGUGUGUGUGUGUGUGUGUGAGUGUGUGUGUGUGUGUGUGUGUGCCUGUUAGUGGGAGGGGGGUUUCUACAGUAUUUGAUCCAUUACGCACCUUGAUUACUGUAACAGAGAAAACAGCACAAGAACACAGUCCUGUACACUGUCCGGUACACUUUACUUAACAUUCCAACUUGUACUGCUGGUAGCAUCGUACGUCCUCUGUCCCUCACUGGCUUUAUGGUGUUUAAAGUGCCUGAAGCAGCUCUAUAUCCCUUCAGGACGGUCUGAGAGCGCAGCAUGUGUCACACAGACCAAGUCGGAGAUUUAAUGUGGCAGGCCCAGCCUCGGUUAGUGGCACUAGACACUGUCACUGUGCAAACCGAAAGGAGCACUUCACCUCACAAAAGAACACUCGGAUGUUAUCCACCAGGCGUUGUGUCAGAUUGCAAAAGAUCAACUGGAUUUAUGUACACAUACUGUCUAGCAUUAUUUUAAAGUAAUUGCUGGCUUACAGUUGCACUGUGGAUUCCAAAAAUGAAAACAGUACCUAAACAAAAAUCUCCCUUUAUUCUGUCCUGAAAAUUGUUCUUAAAUCCACCCACACCAUGGGAUUAUUACAGUGAGGAAAGAAUUGGGGAUUGAAAGAUAAAUAUUGGACUGAUUAGAAAUACUGUGCACGAAUGUUUCAACAUUUAAAACCCGUGCUGCAUGAGUAGAUUAAUUAUUAAUUAAUGUUCAUUCUAGGCUCACUUACUUUGUCCCGGGAAUAUUUGCCGGGACGUUCAUUCUGGAUUACACAGUGAGCAAUAUAAAAAGAUGAAGACAAUCUGGGAACACGAUCUUAUCUGUGAACUAAACAUGCACGGCUCUCGCAUCAGACUACUGGAGAUGAACAAAAACCUCCGCUGUUGGAAAUGUAUGUUUAUUAACCAGCCGAAACCUAUUUCAUUCAUUCGCCACGUUUACUGUACUGUUUAUUAUUUUGGGGUUUAAUGAGGAAUUCCUUUUAUGGAUGUGUUGAUCAUUUGCUGUUGCUGCUGAGUCGGGGGUUGCGCACACUGUUCAUUUUUCUCAUAUUGUGUGAUUUACUCCACCAUCAGUUCAUCACGGCUUCUGUUACCACAGUGUUUACUGAUAUCCAUCCUCGCAGUGCUGUUCCUCCACUGUGCGUUUUCUAUGAUAUUGACAUAUUUAUCCAAAAACACUUUGGGCGUAAUGUUUUUUUAUAUACACAAAUAACACUGGACAAGAUACGUAUGCAUAAAGACACUCAUCUCAGGAGUUAUUUCAUUUCCAGAGACUGGACUGUGUGUUGGAACAAAAUUCACAGAAUUGCCAUUUGAGCAUCUCUAUGGAGCCACUCUCCACUUCUGUGUUACACUGCUAAUAAGUGUGGUGCUGCGAACACGCUAAUACUGUAUUCAUAUCCAACGGUUUGACCCGUGUUCUUCUCACACUACAGUAUGUUCCUGUAAGCUUUAUUUCUGUCACUCGUGCUGUGUGGGAUUUCAGUGUUCUGACUCAUGUUUUUUCGAAAACAGAGGAUGCAAACAAAAUAGCUUCUCACAGAUCACUCAUGUCACCGAGAAAAAAAAUUACAAUUGGGACAUUUAACAUUAUCUGCUAUGUCGUUAUUUUGUUGCCGUCGCUGGUGAAAAUUCUUGUUCACGUGCUGUUAAACCUGUGUCUUUGGAUAUACCACAUGCUGGGAUCAGUGUUCCUCAAUAUUAUGUCUUAUUACCGUGUUGUGAGUCAUGAUUAUGUUCUUAUGUCCAAUAUUUAUCAGGGUUGAUCAAUGUGAUGGACAUCAGCCCCGAAAAAUCAUCUGCGUUAUGAAUCAGCAAGGGAUGCAAAGGUGUAUGCAGCUUAUUGUCUGUGACGCCUGAAUGUGAUUUUUAAAAAUAUUUUAUUCUUUGGGCCCCGAUGAAUUUGGAAAUUAUACCAUAUCUGACAUCAGAUGCACUUUCUAAGUCACAUCUCUCACACAUGCCACUCGAAGCUAUGCAAUGUAAUGUAUAACCCCACAGCAAGUUAUCCCCAUGUAUAUGACAACUUUAGCACAAACAGUCAAACUUGAUAUUCACUUUGUGUCUUUUUAUGAAUGGGUUUUUAUGUAUAUGUAUUGAAGAAUAAAUAUUGUUGCUUACUGGUAGGUUUGAUGAUUUAAUCAGUGUUUGUGCUGAGUUACAGUAAGACUUGGGAUAUGGACUUGAGUCAAACUCAAAAAUUUGGAUUUAAGAUUUUACUGCUUUGAUAACGUGCAUACUUGACAUUUUUGACAUCUUUUACUUGAGACUUAGAGCAAAAACAUCCAAAUCUCAAAUGUUCUCCUUGUAAACAACGUACGAGCAGGCAACCGGCAAUGUUGGCCUCAGCUAUGAAGAAAAACAGUAUACAUAUUUUAACGGUCUGCAUUCAGAGACUUGGAAAACAUGCCAUUGAUUUGCUACUUCUCCUCGAGCACUUGGAGACUUGACUUGGUUGGAUAUGAGUUUAGACUUGACCUAGACCAGUGAUGGAGAAAGUCCAGACCCCAUAUACUUGGGGGGCGCACAAACAAGGCCAUCACGUUGCGUAUUUACUUGGACACUUAUGGAAAGCCUGGAAUUAAAUGCUGUUUGUAAUUAGUGUUUUCUAAGUAAUUAGUGUCAUAACAUCAAUUAAAAAUUGUCGGAAUACAUUGGUUGAGAGACUGAACUACUUCAAAAAAAAAUACUGGAGGUUCUCUGAGGGCCCUCUCACCGCUUGCAAAAGGGCCCGCGGAGACUGCUUAUGUAUAGGGCCCAGAAUUUGGUGCUGAGCUUGAGAUUGAGAAACAAUUUGCCAUUAUUAUGAUGAAAGUAAAAGUACAGUUUAUUAGACUGCGAUAGUAACCGACUUCCCCUUUUUAACCAGUGGAGUCGCCCCCUGCUGGUUAUUUGACAGAAUACAGGUUUCAGGCACUUUCGCAUUGGCUUGUCCUUCCGGACCCGGUGACCACAUCCGUUUUCAUAUACUCUCUAUGGUUUGUUCACAGCAGUUUGACCUACGUCUGUCUCUGUGUGUGUGUGUGUUCCAUUAUAAAAAAAUAUAUUUUGUUCAUAUUUAGUUUUUCAUAUUACACGAAAACAUAUGGUUUGAAAAAAUUAAAGCACAAUAUAAAUCUACUAAUGAACUAUUAACUCGUCAAGUUAAGCAUUAGUGAGACUAGUGAAGACAUAGACACUACUCACACUACUUUUUUCCAGACAAAGUGUGCGUUAGUGUUUGUGUGUGUG